AUGUCGCUACCCUUGACAAGAGAGUCAAUAGAGCUCAAUGAUUUAGAGAAAUCGUCUGCAUCUACAGCUUACAAGGUCAAUGACAACUACCACUUACAUCCAAGCUCCAAACAUAUUCUCAAAAGACUAUACUUUGCAUUGAUAAUAGAGGCUACAAUAUCGCUCAGUAUAUACUACCAGUACCAGAAGAUAGCUGAAAUUAACCCAAUGUUGGCUCCAACUCUAUUGGGCUGCUUUUCGGGAGCUCUAGCUCAAUCGAUAAAUCAAUUUUCAAGGAAAAAGUUUAAAUUUAGUAAAAUCAUUGAAUUUAUGAUUUGGGGAAGUAUAAAUGGAUAUUUCACCGUGUCUUGGAUAAACUUGUUGAUGCAGCGAUUUGAAAAUAUUGUGUAUCGAAUUCUUGUUGAUCAAGCUGUAGGGGCGCCAACUUUCCAGUUGAUUUUCAAUAUAUUAAAUGCACUUUGGGACCACGGAGAAGUAUUUACAAAAACUACAAGAAAUGCGUACUUCAAAUCAUUAAAGUAUAGCUAUUGCUACUGGCCAUUUUUCAGUAUUUUCCUGUUUAUGUUUAUACCGCAGGGCAUGAUGUUUCCUUGCAACUGUUUGGCAAAUUUGAUCUGGAAUUUGAUUUUAAGUAGAUUGACAUAA